AAUAUUUUAGAUAGUUACGAAUAAUAAAAAAUAUAUAACGUUUUCUUUCAAAGAAAGGGCACAUGCCGAUGAUACUAGAAAUCACUUAACAGGUGGCAUGUACGCUUUUUCCUCUGGACCCAUCAUAAUAUGAUGACAUAUUAUGACAACCUACUUUGAAUAAAAGUAAAUUACGGAAACCGAAUUCGAUAAACAACUCGGGUCAUUUUUAAAUUUUUCACAGUUAAAAAAUAUGGCUGUUGAUCAAAGGCUUGAUUCAUUGAUCGGAGAAAUAGAAUCCAGUGAUUCACCUAUUGGACCUGUUUUAAGAUCUGUAUAUGAAGAUGAUAGUCAACUGGUUUUUCUUCAAAAGCUCGAUGAUCGUUCUAAGUUAUUAGAGAAAGAAAUUGAACGGAUGUGCAGUUUUCAUUAUCAAGGAUUUGUGGAAUCUGUCAAUGAACUGAUAAGAGUUCGAACUGAAGCUAGUCGCCUGAAGAUUUUGCUUAAAAAAGCAAAUUCUGAUCUACAGGAGUCUGGUACUAGUCUUCUUUGUAAACUAAAAGAUUUAACAGAACUUCGCCUGAGAAAUCGGAACAUGGUUGACACUAUGGAAGUUCUAAGCCUAUGUAUUCCAGUUUUGGAAAUGUAUGCAAAGCUUUAUGAGCAAAAAAAAAAUAAAAGAUAUUACCCAGCACUAAAGACAUUAGAACAGCUAGAACACACCUAUCUUGCUAGAAUAAAGCAUUUUCGAUUUGCUGAACUGAUGAUAAGCAAGUUACCAUUUUUUCGAGAUAGUAUCAAAGAUGCUGCAAAAGAAGACUUGAUGUUGUUUCUAGAAAGUGUAAGAUCAAAGUCAGAAAAACUAGGAGAGAUUGUAAUGAAGCAGGUGCAUCAACAAUAUAGUUUGAGUUUGCUGCAUGGUGUGGAUGAAGGUGUUGCUGAAGAAAAAAAUGAGAUUCUUCAAAUCUGUUGCACUGAUCUAAUCGACUUUUCACCUGUAUAUAGAUGUAUGCAUAUUUUUAGUGCAUUGAAUCAGCGAGACAUAUUUGAACACUAUUAUAGAAAAGAACGUAUGCAGCAGGCACGCUUGGCUUUUGAUUGGCAAAGAGCAACUGUUUCUAUUCAUGAAUCUUUUCAUAUUUUUCAAACUUAUUUCUACCAAAUUGUUGGUUUUUUUGUUGUUGAAGAUACAGUUAUGACUACAACUGAAGGUUUAGUUACAAGAGGAACUGUUGAAGAAUUAUGGGAGAUUGCAGUAUCAAAGAUUGGAACUGUUUUACAAAAGCAAUGUUCAAAUCUUGAAGAUUCAUCAAUGAUGCUAAAAAUAAAAGAACUUCUUGUUUGGUUUAGUCACACUCUUUAUAGCUAUGGCUUUAGUGUAAAUGCUUUGUAUGAUGUCUUACUACAAAUGAGAGAUCAGUAUAAUGAGAUGCUUACAAAAAAUUGGAGACCUGUAUUUGACGAAAUUGGCAAGGAAGAUAAUUUUACACCUUUGUACAUCACUACUCUUGAAGAAUAUAACAGUAUACUACAAGAUUAUCCAUUCAACAUAGACGUUCCUUUAGAUGAAUUCCCCAAAAAAUUUCCGUUUUCAUGGUUUGUUCCAAAAGUGUACAGUGAGAUGAAACGGUUUAUUGAAGCAUCAAUGAAAUUUAAUGAAAACUUAAACAUAAGUCGCACAGAAACAGAUAGUUCAAUUAGAAAAUCUACAAAUCUUUUGCUGACAAAAACUUUAAGUGACUCAGUUAAAAAAUUGCUUUCUCACCCUGCUUUGAAUCUAGCUCAGUUAGCACAAAUGUCUGUAAAUACCAUGCAUUUAGAAGAUGCUUGUCCUGAACUUGAAGAGUUUAUUUCAGAUGUUACAGGGACAACAGAUGUAAACGUUAGCUUAACAAGGUUAUAUGGUACCUCUACUUUUAAGGACAUUCGUGCAGAUGCUGAAAUGAGGAUUUAUGAGAAGUUGAACCAAAAAAUGGAUGAUUUUUUAGGCUUGGCUAACUACAACUGGUGCCCAACAAAUGUUAGAACUCAUCCAAGUAGUUAUUUAAUGGAUUUGUUAGCUUAUUUACAAGGAGCAUUCAUUACAUUUGAACCUUUACCGGGUGAUAUUGCCAAGACUGCCUGCAUGUCUUCAUGCAAACAUCUAGCAUCAAAUUUGAAAAUGUUCCUUUUGGAUGAAAAAGUAAAAGCUCUUAAUAUGAAUGGACUUCUUUGUUUUGAAAUUGAUUUAAAGCAAUGUGAAGCUUUUGCUACUUCCACACCUGUACAAGGUUUUGGUGUUGGUACAUUAGAAAUGACUUUCCAAGAAUUGAGACAAAUAGUUGAUUUAUUUGUGAAAGGUGAUUGGUCAGCUUAUUUACAUGAUCGAAACAGUGCUAGUAAUAAAUACAAUCGAGUUCAACCAAGCACAGCUCUUAUUUUGCUAGAGAAAAUGAGCGAUACAUCAAAGAAGAUAAACUUCAAAAAAGCAGAUAGAGAAAAGAAAAAAUUUAUUGAAAACUUAACAAAACGAUUACGGGAUAUGACAUAGAGUAUUUAUUAAUUGUUUUUAUUUAUUUACUAGUUUUGUUGUUUUUUUAGAAAAUUUAUAAAGAUUUUUAUUUUCAAUAUAUAAACUAUUAAGUGCGCAAGGUAAUGCGCAAGAUAUUUCUAUAAUUUUAAAGCAAAACUUUUUGUUGAUGCAAUUGUAUUGCAUUCCUAGUCUUUUUUUUACUUGAAGU